AUGUCAGAUGCUAAUUUCAAAUAUUUUGGAAUCGUUUUGUUAACCUUACAACAAGCUUCAAUGCCAUUGAUGGUUAGAUAUUCGAGAGCCAGACAAAGUGAUCAAGUUUUUUUGACCACCGUGAAUGUAUUCUCAAUGGAAAUAAUCAAAGUUGUUGUCUGCAGUGCGAUUUUAAUUUGGACAAAUAGAAGUGUUUUCAGGUAUUAAAGUGCUUUCAGGAUUUGUGUUUCUAAAACAACGUUUCCAGAUUCUUGAAAGAUGUAAAAUCUGCAAUUUUCGAUAAUCAAAUCGAAACUUUCAAAGUGUGCGUUCCUGCGUUAAUAUACACUCUUCAAAAUAAUUUGUAUUACAUUGCUUUGAGUCAUUUAGAAGCAACCACUUUUUGUGUAAGUUGUUAUUUUAUUCUAGCAAUGUCAAGCUUCAUCUCAUUUCCAGAUAACUUAUCAAAUGAAAAUUUUCACGACUGCGAUUUUCAUGUUUUUCUUUUUGGGAAAAAACUAUCCAAACAACAAUGGAUUGCUCUCAUAUUACUAGUUCUAGGUGAGAAAAUACAUCCAAAAACAAAUUAAUGAUUUUUUGAAGGUGUGGCUGAUAUACAAUAUAUCUACGCUCCUCCUCCAACAAGUGCUGAUAUUGUACAAAAUCCACAAUUGGGACUCUUUGCGGUAAUAACCAUGUGUUUCACAUCUGCUUUUGCUGGAGUUUAUUUGGAAAAAGUUUUGAAAUCAAGCAAUACAUCGAUAUUUAUGCAAAACAUUAGAUUAUCUUUGAUUGGAUUACCAAUUUCAACAUUUUCCAUGUGGUAUUAUGAUUGGGAGACAAUUCAAAACAAUGGAUAUUUCCGUGGGUGGGAUAUUAUUGUGGUUUGUAUGACAUUGACAAAUUCAGUUGGUGGGAUUCUUAUUUCUGUUGUUAUCAAGUAUGCUGACAAUAUUCUCAAAGCAUAUGCGCAGGUUUGUUUUCAAGAGUUUCAAACAUCUUUCUGAACAUAAUUUGCUGUUUACAGAGCAUGGCAAUAAUUGGUGCUGCUGUGGGUUCGUGGAUUCUCUUUGAUUUUACACCAGGAGGUCUUUUUUUGCUUGGAACAUCGCUUGUCAUUUUUUCGAUUAUUGUGUAUACAGCUUAUCCUUACCGUGAACCAGAAUUAUUAAAACUUGCUCCAAAAUACAAUGAAUCAUCGCGUACUUGUCAACUUAACAGAACAAAAACAAUUAGAUAA